AUGGACCGGAUCUAUGUUGCGGCGGAUAUCGUCGCCUGGGCCGCCAGCUGGGAGCUCAUACUCUGGGCGACUUGGUUAGUUACACGGCACCCUCGGUGCAUUGGCGGGAAGAUGACACCCACUGUCCUCCUCCUCCUGUCCAUCGUCCUCUGGGGCAUAUCAAACUUCGCUGCAGCCCUUGUACGCAUAUUCUGGCGCUUCCCGGUUGACUGGACCGUCUACGGCAACAUGCUCUACGUGGGCUUCGACAUCCUCGGCAUCGCCCACAUCGUUUGCCUUCUACUCUCCUGGCUCGUCAUCCUUCGGCUAUGGUCCAAGUGGUCGAGCUUGCUCAAGAACGAACCGGAAAGCGACGUCCGCGAACAGGAGUGGAAAGCGGUGCGGCCGGAGUUGUACGAGAGGAUGCGCCAUUUGAGGCGGCGUCGAGGCCAUAUACGUGGAACUCGAGGGGAGUUAUACGCAGGUGUACGAGGCGGAGGCGGAAUAUAA